AUGGAAUAUACAGGAAUGUAUAAUGAUGAUUUUGUUUCUAUCAACUACUCAGAUAUUCCACCAAAAUUUUCAACAAAUUCUUCCUACGUGUCCUCUUCUAAUAAUCCAUCCGUUUCGAUAACAAACACGACCAUCACCCCGUUAUCAUCACCACCAUCCUCCUUACUGUCCCCCACUGUUCCAUUCCCCUCCUCUACUACAACUUCAACCACCUUCUUGGAUAAGAUUAAAUCUUUUAAACCAUCUUAUAACAAUCAACGAAGAAACACUUUGCAAUUCUCAAUAUGUAAGAAAUCGGGAUGUAACAAUCGUUUGAUAAUUGACGAUAGUAAAACCAUGGGUUACUGUAGCAUGAUGUGUCAAUUAAAUGAUUGGUCUCAACCUUCCACCUUAACCGAUUCAACUAAUGAUAACUGCGGACUGAGUGAGGAAGGUCAAUUGGACCUUGGAGGAAAUAACGAAUUAAGCGGGAUGAGAGAGAUGAAUUUCAACGCUCCAAAUGCUGGAAAUGGGUUUAGCGGUAUCAAUUUCAAGAACUUCAGUGCGACAAAAAGGGAGAUUGAUAAUGUUACGGUCAGAUUAGCAAAAGCUCGAGAGGAUUAA